AUGCAAAUUGCUGGUCUGGGUCGGGAUGGGCUGGGUGCCAGAGAGCAGCGCGCCCUGGAUUAUUUCCACGGUCGCGUCUGGCCUCUACUUCAAACGUCCGAGGAACCUUGUGCGCCCCCUCUUCCCGUUGCUAUACAGCAUCGUGUUGUUCUGCUAGCGACAUGUGUGCUCGCAGACUCCCAUCGCUUACUCCAGGACGGCAAGGAUCAUGAUGGAUCGUUGAACACGAAGCGGCUCGAGUGCUUGGCCGCCAUCCGUUCGGAGGUUGAUGGAUGCUGCGCGCAAGGAAAUAAUAGUACUGGCCUCCCACAUGUUCUCCUUUUCGCAGUUCUCCUUCUCCAUCUUCAUGACGGCUUCAUGGAGCUUGCGGGCCAUGUCGCGUCAACCUCAAGCCACCACAAAGGCGUGCUGGCCAUUCUCGGCCAGCUGGGCGGUCUCGAGCCUGUGUUGCGUACCAGCCAGGAAUCUUUGCAGAUGCUUCUCUCCGAGUUUGUUUCGGCUGACCUGACCAGUGCGUUGCUUCAAGGAAUUGCGCCUUCAUAUCCCCCCGCCGCCUGGCACGUCAUUGAUCAGGGGGCUGUCUGGUGGGGGCGUGAUCCUCUUGGUCGAUACUCGCUCGCCUUUGUCCUUCGCGAGAUGUCUGCCAUGGCCUUCUAUCACGACUCGCUCGUCAAUGGACAGUUCUCGCUAUGCAUGGAUGAGGUCCAUUCGUUUGAGGAAGCCUUCCGUCCAGUGUACGCGCCUGUUGCGAUGCCCAUGCCGGAUUCGCCAUCGGAGCCCGAAGCAGGACCGCUUCAAUGUCUCAGCGAGAGAGAUAUCGAGGCUGUUCAUGCCUUUGCGCUGAUCCGGACUUUUCAACACACGGCGCUAAUCUUCCUCUAUCGUGCCAUCUGUGGACUACCCACUCUUCACCCCCUCGUGCAGCAGCAUGUCCGGUCGUGUUUAGAUUGCAUCAUGGAGAUUGAACGGUCAUCAAAACUGCUUCAUUGUGUCAUCUUCCCUCUUUGCGUCGCGGGUGCUCAUGCUCAGUCGCCCGAUUCUCAACAUGAGGUCUUGAGCAUGACGAACAUGAUAUACGAUAACAUGCGGUUUGCCUCGGUCAAAGCCGUUUCGCAGGUUUUGACUUCCAUCUGGACCACUCAGACAUCUCUUGAUCUCACAUGGACGGAGCUCUUUGCGCAGCUUAGUCCUCACGUGCUUGUGCUAUAG